CUACCAUCAGGGGCCACCUUGCCCAUCUUCCAUGACCAAGCUGAAGCUGUGACAGGGAGCCCAGGUACCCAUUCUUCCUGUGGACCCUGGCCUCCUAGGUGGGUGACAUGCUGCAGCAGAACCUGGCCAAACUCCAGACAGUAUUCUUCCCCCUUGCCCUCCUCCAUCCUGGUCCCGCACUCACCAGAGGACUUGGGCCGCUUCUCCCGCCUCGCCUGCCUCUACCUUAACUACUCCUUUCAUUUAAGCUCAGGGUUAACCAGAUGUUCUUAGAUAAGUGUACACCCCCCCCCACCAACCAGGAUCCUCACCUCCCACGCAUGUAGACACGCACCCACACAUUCCCUUCCAAGAGAGCCCGCCAUGUGGCUGCCCGUGUGCCCACCAGCGUGCCACAAGGUAAGGGCAGCACUCAAGAGUGGUCCCUAGGAUGUAAGAUGAAAGUGUAUCAUUUAUGUGUGCCCAGACACAAACUGAAACAUUUCUAGCACUGUUUCUUAACCCUUAUCCCCCUUUGUUUUUCAACCAGAAAAGCCCUAGUAUCAUCUUGUGUUUGGGAUCUGGGAGACCUGGCAAGGGUGUAGUUCAGGCAUCCAGCCAGAGGUCCCCAGUUGCCUCCCUGCCCCUGCCCCCAUGCCCCAGCAGGCACUUCCUCAUGUGCCACUGUGGUUCAAGUGGGACUUACAUUUUGGUUCUUUGGGGUUUCUUCCAUCUCAUCCCACCCCCUCAUUUCUGUUCCCUGUUUUGUUUGGUAACUUCCCCAGGCCAGGUCCGACUGUUUAGCUGGAGAAAUGGUUUUUGUCUGCACCUUCUAAAGAUUUAACUCUGCCGUGGCCCUCUCCACACCUUCCUGAUGGGUGUUUCUCUAACUGGGUUGUAAUUAGAACUUGGAUCUACUAUUUAAUUUCUUUGGCCAUUUCCCACUCCCUCCCACAGUACUAGAAAUCUUAGUCCUAUACAAGAGUAAGAGGUGUGUACAAGCCCCCACUGUACUGUAUGCACGGAUCGCUUGGCCAAUAAUUAUGUCAGUGAAUCUGAGACUUGUAUUAAACACUUUAGACAUUUGUAGAAGGGAAUUCGUAGACUUUUCACUUAUAUACUAAAGUUUUUUUUUUUUUUGUGCAGUUCUCAUUGCAAAAAUAAACAUUUGUACUGAAUAUAAAAUUACCAUCCUGUGACUGCCGCUGUCUUUUUGUUUGAGGGUAGAGCUGGGGGUAGGGGGAUGGUGAGAGUGAGUUUUGUGCAGCAGAGGAACAAGGGAGAUCCCCAGACACUCACUAGCCAUGCGGCCAGGUUAGAGGACUUGGGAGGCAUACCGCGAUCAUCCAGUGGUUGGAAAACUGAUUUGAUGGAAAGUGUAAACGAAACCAAAGCUAUGAUACAGGCUAAUCGUGCAAGAAAAGAAAGGUAUUAAGUACAGGCAGAACAAACCUUAGUACAAUGCUGGUCGUGUAAUCAUAGCCGUCUACGCGACGCUGAGAUAUACAUUGUUUACUGAGGCGGAACCACAUAAACCACCAUUCCCCUUUACUAGGAACCCACAGACUUAAUUAUGGUCCCAGGACAGUGUAAUGUUUAGCAGCCGGAACAAGACAAAGAUGAGAUUAGCAAUGGGAGGUGACGAAAACAAUGGAGUACUUAAACCAAUAGGAACACCAAAAACGGGUAGGGCCUGUCCAAUGAUGAUGACAGAGUCGAUGCAAUACUUAAUGCCCCAAAUUGGUCAUCAGGAAAUAGCCACACGAGCGCGUUGCGAGAUACCUGGAUAACCACCAGAAGAAAGCUAAAAGCAUUCCGAUGGCUGCCUCCGGGCGGAAGGAGAGGUGGAGCCCGAGAUUGUUGCUUUUUUCUACAGAGUUCCAGUGGCUCAACCGGCCCGGUCCUCCAGCUCCCGGGCUGGGCUUGCCUUCUAGAAGUCCAAGAGUCUCCCGGUCUUCAUUGGUCGGCACCGGCGGAGCCCCGGGCCUCAACACUUGCCGAUUGGCUGCCGGGCGAGACCUGUCGCCCGCACGUAAAUAACCACCGCCCUCCAAUCACAGCCGUGUAGGGGCGGGCCGACGACGGGCCCGCUGGACUAACGAGGCCGGCGCGGGGUCGAGGCCAACUGGACCCGCCGUUAGAACCAGGCCUGGGCUCCUCCCCAGCCACCGAAGCCCGGUCCUCACAGGCACCAUCCCCUCGCCCCAUCCUGUUCGCUGUCGCCGUCGCGCCCAGGUGUUUACCUGGUACUUAGGUGAGUCGUCUGCAGUGGCGGUUUCGGUCUAAGCCUCCCGCCUCUUCUCUCGGAGCGUUCCUCAAGCCUCGAAGGCACGGAGGGGCCCCAGACCAAGGGCGGUGGGCUCCCCAGCCCGGGUCCCGCCUCCGUGCGGCUGCUUGCGCCCCCCGCCCACACCCCCAAAGGCAGCGCCGAAGUCGUCCCGGGUCGCGGCGACAUGCCCGAGCUGGUGGUGACCGCGCUACUGGCGCCGUCGCGCCUCACUCUGAAGCUGCUGCGCGCCUUCAUGUGGAGCCUCGUGUUCGCCGCCGCCCUGGUGGCCGCCGCCGUCUAUGGCUGCAUCGCGUUCACACACGUGCUGUGCCGGCCCCGGCGCGGCUGCUGCGGGCGCCCCCGGAGCACCCCACCGGCCUGUUUGAGCGACCCCACUCUGGGCGAACACUGCUUCCUGACCCUGAAGAGCUCGGGCCUGCGCCUGCACUAUGUUUCCGCCGGACAUGGCAAUGGGCCCCUCAUGCUGUUUCUGCACGGCUUCCCAGAGAACUGGUUCUCCUGGCGCUACCAGCUUUGGGAGUUCCAGAGCCGCUUCCACGUGGUGGCUGUGGACCUACGGGGAUACGGCUCCUCCGACGCGCCUCAGGAUGUAGACUGUUACACCAUGGACCUGCUGAUGACGGACAUCCAGGAUGUCAUCCUGGGCCUGGGUUAUUCCAAGUGUAUCCUGGUAGCCCAUGACUGGGGUGCGCUCCUCGCCUGGAAUUUCUCCAUCUACUACCCAUCCCUGGUCGAGCGGAUGGUAAUUGUCAGCGCUGCCCCCAUGUCUGUGUACCAAGACUACUCUAUACGCCACAUCGGCCAGUUCUUCCGUUCCAACUAUGUAUUCCUGUUCCAGCUUCCCUGGCUGCCUGAGAAAUUACUGUCCAUGUCUGACUUCCAGAUCCUGAAGACCACCCUCACACACCGCAAGAGAGGCAUCCCACACUUAACCCCCAACGAGCUCGAGGCCUUCCUUUAUGACUUCUCACAGCCUGGUGGUCUCACUGGGCCCCUCAACUAUUACCGAAACCUCUUCAGGAACUUCCCCCUGGAGCCCCAGGAGCUGGCCACACCCACACUCCUGCUGUGGGGAGCGAAGGACACCUACUUCGAUCAGGGGCUGGUGGGAGCCAUCAGCAGUCGCUUUGUGCCGGGCCGGCUGGAGGCCCACAUCCUGCCGGGCAUGGGGCACUGGAUUCCACAGAGCAACCCCAGGGAGAUGCACGAGUACAUGUGGGCCUUCUUGCGAGACCUGCUGGACUAGUGGCCCUCGCUUGCUGGCCUAUGUGCACCUGGGAGGCCGCACGGCGUACGUACAAGGGUGGACUCCCGGAUCUUGCACAGGCGUGGAACUCUAGGCUACACACAAAGGCGUCUGUGGAUGCCCUCAGGCGCACCAGCCCAUAGGCUCACACACAGGUGCGUGCGUGUGUGUGCAGGUGAACAAGCACUUCAGUCCUCGAGAGCCAGGUACAGCUCUCCGGAGCUAGAUUCGGAGCGUCCUACCUCAUCUCUCCCCUGGGGCCUUACUCUUCUUGCCAGUGUCAGACCCCAGAGCAGCACCAACCACAGACUCUGACCUUCCUGUCCCUGGCUUUCCUCUGCAAUCCGAGUCUUCAGCUAAAUGCUGCUGUGUCCGAUAGGGUACUGGCAGCCACAUCGGGCUGCUUCAAUUUACGUGCAAAGUAAUGAAAAGAAAAUCAAUUAAAAAUUCAGUUCCUCAGUCA